AUGAAAGACAGAGAAAAUACCUUUGGUGAUGAGAAUUGGUACACUGGUCCAGAUAUGUCUCCAGAAUCAGAUUUCCAGAGGAUUGAAAAUGGAGACAAGAAAAUUUCACAAUUUGUAGAACAAGUUCGAAAAAUAGAUGCAGGUAAUGGUAUAUUAAGAUUAAGAUUAAGAUUAAGAAUGAUGUAUGGGAUAAUAGCAAACAAAUCGGUUAGCGCACUACCAAAAGAGUCAAAAUGAACUCAAACGAUUCAUAAGGAGUGGUUCUUCAUGCGGUCAAAUUUUACAGUGCAUUACCUGACGCCAUGCUUCUGUCUGGAUUGUGUAGUAUUCUACAACACCAUGUGUAGUUGACACUAAAUAAAUCAUUCUAGGGAUUGAAAUUUACGUUUAUUUCUAAUUUAGUAAUUUACAACCGGAAGAGUAGAUUUUGAUAUUUAAUAUUCCGUCAGAAGACCCACAAUUCCUUAAUCUAUGUGACCGCCAAGAAUUUAUCAAAUGAAUUAUCUGUUGUGUAUUAUUGCUCUAUUACCCUAACUAAUGUUGUUUUUGACGACUGGGUAGACUGGUGCCAGUCUGAUAUUAUAAAUUUAUAUUAUAACUAUAAUACGAAAUGUAGCUUGAGUUCAUGAAGUUCCCAGAACUGUUCCGUCAGGUAUUUUAUUACAGAAUAGUGGAAUAGUGUAAAUUUUGAAUCCUGACAUUAUCAUAAUCAUUUGAAUUAAAUAUGUAGGUAGAAACCAUAAGAAUGACUAUGUAAUCUUGGUACAAAUAAAGGCUUCUUCUUCUGAUUAAAGGAAAAGAAAAUCUUAAAGAAUAUUCUGGUUAUGGUGACACUUGGAUGACAGAUGAUAUUCUCGCCACGCCUGCUCCAAGAAGUAUGGCCAUGAAUAUAGCAACUCGGAAUGAAACUCGCGAUGGAAACGAUAAAAUUCUUAGAAGAAACAAUGCUAUGUCUAAAGCACCGUACAAUAUGGACCCACAAGGCAACGUACCCGAUUUCUCCGCCGCAAAUGAAAACGGUUAUACUUUAGGGGAUUAUACAUUCUCCUCGCCUCUUGUACCACAAGAAGUAUCCAAAGAAACGAAUACAGAUAGUGCCUUUGAUUCUGAUAAAACUCCUAACUUGCAAACAACGGUAAAUAAAGCAAAAACUGGUGAAAAUAUUUUAACAAUAUAUAACACUGCCUACAAAGUCAAACAGGCUACAGGGAAUGUGGGCAAUGGGGAUUCAAUGAAAAACAUGUCUUCUGAGCGUAAUAUCACUUCUUUGUCUCAUCAAGAUAUAACAGCAAACAAUUCCGUAGUAUCUUCAGUUGGCUCGCCUUUAUACAUACAAAACGAAAGUUUACAAAAUGCCAGUCUCAAAGGUAAUGAUGGUUCUGAUAAAAGGAUUACCCCAUGGCCAAAGAUGAAUACAACUGAAUCAGAAGAGAAUAAGAUUCAGUCACCCCAAAUAAGCAAUGGCGGAAAUGGAUUGGACUAUGGUAGUCUUAAUGACAGAAAUGCGUCUGGGAUUACGGGUAACGGUAAUAUACCUUACCGAAUUAGUCAGGCUGGUCGACUUAAUGACAAAAUUGGUCUUGGAAAUACGGCUAAUGGUAAUUUAUCUUAUAUUAGAGUCGAUGGAACUAGAGUGCAAAACAAUGAAACAAGUAAAAAUUUUUCGAUUUCUGGUAAUAAUACUCGAUUUGCAGAUUCAAGGGUUUCUGGUAAUGGCACUACGAGCGGAAACAUUCGGAACAGCACCAGUAUUACUUCUCACCCAUUCUCGGAUCUGAUUGAUAAUCAAAGUAAUGAUAAUAUUGGAACCAAUAAUAUUGGUAAUAUUGGGGAUUCCAAACCAUCACACCUAAUAUCUGUGGGUUUGGGACCAAAUGGUUUUGGUGCAAGUCCAAUGCCUGACCCGAAUCUCGAAAGUGCUGAUUCAUUGCCUAACCCGAUGGGUAACUCUAAUAACUUCGGUUACCCCUAUAAUAAUAAUAAUCAGCCUCUAAAUGAUCACCAUCACCAAGCCAUGGGGACAAAUUCAGAACUCGAUGAUAUUGGUGCUGAUAACAAGCUUGUAGGUAAUUUAGGUGAUAUAAAUUGGUCCUAUAAGAAAUACAACGGUGAUGAUCUGAACAAGGAACACGAGUUUAUUCAAAAAUUUUAUUUGGGCGACACUGAAACGAGAAAUAGUGAGAAAAGUGAUGAUUAUAAUGCAGAUAAACUUCAAAAAGCCGACGGUAUCCAGUCAUUUUUUACACCGCCAUAUCGAAAAGUGGAAGGUAGACAUUUACCUAGGAUAUAUCGUCAAAACAAUGACAAUAGCAAGAAGCCAUUGAUGGCGAUCAACGGGAAAAAUUUGAAUACAUUUCAGAAAGUUGACAGUAAUCCGUUUCAUGCUGGUCAUUCAAUUUUCCCACCGCAGUAUAGAAAUGCAAAUAACCAUGGAUCGAACUCUUUCCAGGGAAGCAAUAAUAUACCUAAGCUUGGUGCUGAAUCACUUGGAAUACACAGCAAUUACCUACAUAAAAACAGACCAAAUUACGAACCAUCAGGAAAAUUGGCCACAGACACAUCAGGCUGGCUUAUCGAGCAACGAGCGAGUAAUAAUCCCCUCGGUGGUGCCAUUGACCAGCAUAUUACUCCUGAUAUUCCUUUUCCUCAAGACCGUAGAUUCGGGAAAGAAUUUGAUGACGAAAAUCAGAUCGGCGAAACUGAUCUCCUCGAUGAAAAGCCCCAGAGAUUCCACAAAAAUAAUAAUAAAGGAGAUGGAGUAAUGAUGAAUGUAAACCGGGUUGGUGCUAUGCAAGGUAACAGAGUAAUACAGAAGGGAAUACAAAUAAAAGGAGUCCGUCCCAAAGUAGAACCGCAUUCACCACACAUGCUCGACCAUAAUAAAUCGCCAUACUACCUUCCAUUGGGCAGAAAGUUUGAACAGAAUUAUAAUCAGAAUAACAGAAUGAUGCAGGAAAGUAACCCUAAAGGCCUUUCCACUUUACAAUUGUCACCGCCAUACAUGGAUUACCACCAUAAUAAGCGGCCCUACUACCCUGAAGUGCCCAGAAAAAUUGAACAGAAUUAUCAUCAGAAUAACAGAAUGACGCAGAAGAGUAUGUCUAAAGGCCCCUCCAAUUUACAGCUAUCGUCACCAUCUACCUGGCUUGAAUUUCCAUCAGAUAGGUAUCCAGAAAAGCUUGCGAAAUUACAGGGAAACUAUAAUGAAAAUAACGGAGUAAUCCAAAACAAUGCUUCCGAAUUUUCUACCCAUAUCCAGGAUUCAUCAAUGCUUACAGGGAAAUUUUUCAAGCCAAGUAUCCGUGCAGAAAGGCUUGGGAAAUCAGGACAGAAUGAUAACCGUAAUAAUAGAGUCUUGCCAAAAGGUGACAAUAAAAAUCCCAUGAACUUGGACUUUUCAUCAGCGAACACAAAAAAUGGUAAUGAACAGGAUCAUUUUACUCAGAUUUUUGCAGACAAUAAUAAUGCUCACAAACACAGAAAAAUGUCCAACGGAGAUAUUCAAGCUUCAAAAGAGACACAUCAUUCUCUUUUGAAUCACAGAAAGCUCCAGAGAAAUAUCACCAAAGAUCUUGUAAGGCCCCAAGAAACGGGACAAAAUGUCUUUAACAGGAAAAAAAAUUUGCAAGUUGGUGAGAGUUUGCUAAAGGCAGGAAAAUUGAAGGGUGCUGAUAACAACAACAACUACAAUUUUGAACGUCAAAACAAGAGUGAAUCGUCUGUGAACAAGAACCAUGAAGAAAUUACAUUGAACAUGGAUAAAAGUGAUCAUCGACCUAUUUUGAAUGACAAGUCGCCUUUAUUUUUGAAGCAAGCCAGUAAACCAUAUUCGUACCUCGGUGGGAGUCAUUUCUCAAAUGGUGGUUAUAUUCCAGGAGGUAUGACUGCUGGCCAGGUUGGGAACGCUGGUCCCCUUGGUCAUACGCUUAUUGGGAAAGCUAAUGGUGGUUCCUGGGAAUGGGGCUUUAAUGGCGGUGGUGGUAAUGGUGCUUUCGGUGGAGGUGGUAAUGGUGCUUUUGGUGGUGGUGAUGGUGGUAAUGGUGGUAAUGGUGCUUUUAGUGGUGGUAAUGGUGGUAAUGGUGCUUUUGGCGGUGCUAAUAGUGGUUUUGCUGGUGGUAAUGGUGCUCUCGGUGGUGGUAAUGGUGCUUUUGGUGGUGGUCGAGGUGGUGCUAAUAGUAGUUUUGCUGGUGGUAAUGGUGCUCUCAGUGGUGGUGGUAAUGGUGCUUUUGGCGGUGGUGGUGGUAAUGGUGCUUUUGGUGGUGUUAGAGGUGGCGCUAAUAAUAGUUUUGCUGGUGGUAAUGGUGCUCUCGGUGGUGGUGGUGGUGGUGGUAAUGGUGCUUUUGGUGGUGGUGGUGGUGGUGGUAAUGGUGCUUUUGGUGGUGGUAGAGGUGGUUUCGGUGGUGGUGGUAAUGGUGGUUUUGGUGGCGGUGGUGGUGACAGUAAUGCUACUUUUGGUGUUGGUGGAAAUGGUGCACUGGGAGGUGGUUUUGGUACUAUGGGUGGUGGACGUUUAGGAAUGGGUGGUGGUAUAGGAGGUGGUGGUAUGGGUGGAGGUGGUGCGAUGGGAGCAGGAGGUGCAAUGGGUGGUAGUAUGGAAGGUGCAAUGGGCGGUGGUAUGGGUGGUGGUGUGGGAGGUGGUGGUAUGGGUGGCGGUAUGGGAGGUGGUGGUAUGGGAGGUGGUAAUAUGGGUGGCGGUAUGGAAGGUGGUGGUAUGGGAGGUGGUGCGAUGGGAGCUGGCAUGGGAGGUGGUGGUAUGGGUGGAGGUGGCGCGAUGGGAGGCGCUGCAAUGGCAGGUGGUGGUAUGGGAGGUGGUGGCAUGGGAGGUGGUGGUAUGGGAGGUGGUGAUAUGGGUGGCGGUAUGGAAGGUGGUGCGAUGGGAGGUGGUGCGAUGGGAGGUGGUUCGAUGGGAGGUGGUUCGAUGGGAGCAGGAGGUGCAGUGGGUGGUGGUAUGGGUGGUGAAAUGGGCGGUGGUGCUAUGGGAGGAGGUGGUGGUGGUGGCGCUUUUGGUGGUAGCGCCAUUGAAAGUGCUGCCGGUGGUGCAGCUGGCGGGGGCGGUGCAGCUGGCGGUGGUGGUGCAGCUGGCGGUGGUGGGGCAGCUGGCGGUGGUGGGGCAGCUGGCGGUGGUGGGGCAGCUGGCGGUGGUGGGGCAGCUGGCGGUGGUGGUGGGGGUGGGUCUCACUUUAGUGGAGAUACGUGUUCUGGAAGUCCAAGUGAUGACAAAGAAGAAGAUGCAUUUCCAGGUAUUUAAAGCUGGUUUACCAGUGAUGAUUAUUUUCUGUGUAAGACAAGUCAUAAUAGCAUAAAUUCUACAGUUCUUGAGUUACUUCACAUAUUAUUUAGUUUGCAUUAGCCUGUACACUCUUACUCUCUUUACAUUGCCGAUGUCAUCUAACACCCUUAACCUAAAAUUUCUGAUGUGUGACAUAUGUUAAUGGUUGAAGAGUUUUGUAAAUGAAACUGUAAUUUCCAUUUACAAGAACUGUUAGGUCUUUUUGUAUGACGGAACUUUUUCUAAGCCGCAUUUUAAUUAUUCUGUGUUUGAAUAAUUAGACCAUAGAUUUAGUAAAAAAAAAUUUUAAUAACUACGUUUCGGAGUAUAACUCCAUCUUCAUUCUUCAGGCGUUGUUUAUUAAUGAACGAGAACAGUUGCUCAGGAAGUACGUGUGAUUGUGAGAUAUAUUUAUCUCAAACUCAUUAAUAAUUCAUGAGUAAAUUAGCCAACCAUAUUGCUUUAUUUUGCUCACAUGAUAAUACUGAAUACCUGAUGAAAUAUAUUGAUCCAGUCCUUGGACUGGAUCAAAAUUAGUUAAGUAGUGAUUUAUUUUUUUCUGUGUUGGUGUUGUGUACUCAGGUGAAUACUAUGAUGUUUGUGAUGUUACUCUGAGUGUAUAUCCGCACCGGGCGAGCUUGAAAAAUGUGCCCGGCCACGGUGGGAAUCGAACCUACGACCUUUGCAAUACUAGCCCAAUUAGUGAUUUAUUUGUUUGAUAUGUCAUUUCAAAUCCUCCAAUUCGGACUGGACUAGAUUUCAAGUCCUCGCAUUUUGAUCCAGUCCUCGGCUCAAAUUGCGCAGACUUGAAACAGUGAACUCCAUUUAGAUUGGAACGAUAACUUGGCCGCCAUCUUUGAAGCCAAUAUGAAGCCGAAUUGACGUACAGUGCCAGUCCCUCCGUACAGUGCCAGUCCACUGACGUACAGUGCCAGGCCGACAAAAACAAUAGAAACGGACUGGCACUGUACGUCAAUUCGGCUUCAAAGAUGGCGGCCAAAUUAUAGUCGGUUAUCGUUCCAGUCUAAAUAGAGAUAACUGACUUGAAAUCUAGUCCAGUCCUCACAGUCGGAUUUGAAAUAUUACGUUUAAUUCAUGCUAAACCUGAUUUGCAUAUUGUUAUUUUACUUUUUUUAAAUAACAAUAUGCAAAUUAGGUAAAUGCAUGAAUUAAGCAUGCGUGAUAGGCAUUGGUGCCAAAAAUGAAAGUUUCAACUGCUUUUGGAAGGAUUUAAAAUUGAGUAAAUUUUCUGAAAUUUGGACCAUUGAUAAAACACGUAACAAAUUUCUCGCCCGUGAACUCAAAAUGAGUUUUAUACUUUUAAAUUUCACGCGCAAGCAAUUUUUAACUUUGCUAAAAAAGACACCCCGGCCCGUCGCUGCUCUGGAAAAUUUAUCUUUGCCAAAAUGUGUUGUUUAUUCUACAUUAUGAGUACCCAAACAAUCUAUAUUUAUCAAAAAUUUCACGAAAUGAACGGAUUUGUGAAAUUGAGAGCCGUUUCAAAUUCGUCUACUUACUUUUUUAUACUUCCUGCUUUUUAAUUAAUAUCGUUUCUCCUUUUAGCUGCAAUGGACGUGGUGUUCUUAGUCGAUUCUUCCAAGGCAUCGCUGUUUAAUGAUAUAAAAGAUUUCAUCAAAUCAUUUUCGCACAAGUUCUUGGUAGAACCGUCAGCCACUCGAGUUGCCUUGAUAGCGUACGGCUCAGACGCUUCUAUUCUGUUUGGUUUUACCCGCUACUGUUGUAGAAAGGAGCUGGACAAAGCUUUGGAUAAGCUGGACUAUCCGUCUUUCGUUGCGCGCAGAUCUGAUACUGGGCAUCGUGAUCAAAAGUGGAAACGAUUCUUAAAACACGCCGAGACGAAUAACACGCACGCGAUGUAUUCAAAUGUGACGGGAAAAGAGAACGGUAAAUGAAAAACAUUUAUUAUAGUCCGUGGGCUGUUGGCCAAAAUUAUUUCGAUUCGUGGCACCCAUGUGGGAAAUACUUGGUUUCGGGUUUACUUGAAAGGUAUAUAGGUACAUCACUACCAAAAAAAAGUUCCCAAGCAAAAAAGUUGCCCAAUACUGAGAAAAUGGGUGAUCAAUGAUUAUCUUCUAUUAAAUUGUAUUACAGCAAAAAAUGGGAAAUUUUGUACUCAAUUAAAAUAAAAAAUUACUUGCAUUAUCGGAAAACGUACAAAAAACCGCAUAUAAGACUUUUAAACAGUUUUUUGAUUUUUCAAAUAGUCUUUGAAUGUGAAAAUUGGCAAAAUGUCGUUUUGAAUGUGAAAAUUGGACCAAAAUGUCGCAAUAAGGACUGGGUACUAGGUUAAAAACGCGUUACAUAAAAAAUACACAUACAUCUAUGAUUGCAGGAUUGGACAACAGAAUCCCAUACUAAGUCCAUCCAUCUAACACUAAAACACGACAUAUUACGGACUACAAAUUGGACAGCGUAAUACUGAUUUUACAGGCCUUUACACUAUGUAAAACAUGCAAGAAUAAAUACUACACUACUGUGAAAUUAUUUGCGAGGUUCAGAUUUGACCACCACCAGCACCACUAGUUUGAAACCACUAAUCCAUGCAAACCAGGUCAGCGAACAGAUCUGAGGACAGAUCGAUAAGCGUCUUAGCAUGUCGUUUCGCUUCAUUUCUUUUGAAUUAUGACCAUCCGAAUAAAUCAGUAUACUAUACUUGACUAUACUAUACUCUAUACUUGACCGCUCACAAUUCAAAAUAAAUUGAGCGAAAAAGAGUGGAAAUCCAACUUAAGUUAGCUUAUAGGGGCUGAUCACAUGGAGAGUUUUCAGCCCGGGCUGAAUUUCAUUCCGGUUUCCCGGGCCAUGGACAGUUUUCAGCCGGACCUAAGGAUCAUGACAGAAAUUUCAUCUCGGGGUAAGGUUCAGCCUGGGCUGAAGCUACCCAGGCUGAAAAUCGAAAAAAAAAAAACGUUUAGUGGCUUCAUUUCUGUCUGUUUUAGUAAUAAUAGAUAUGAACAACAUUUUAGAUUCUUCGAAGAUGCCCCUCAAAUUUUAACUCACCCUGGGCUAAUCGUGAAACAAUUUCAGCUCGGUUUAACUGGGUUGAAAUUCAGCCCGGGCUGAAAACUCCCCAUGUAAUCAGUCCCCCUAGUUUAGGUUUCCUUUCGUAGUAACACUGAAUCAAUAGAGCGUUUGCACUGGGACCAACUCACCAAAAGCCAUGGCGGCCAUGUUGGUGUUAAAAUUCUUUUGAAUUGGACGUCAUGUGCAAACCCUCUAUACUCAUGAAGAGAUGUCCUUACUGAACCUCCAGGAAAAAGGUUAAGACAGAACUAUGCUUAUUCAUUUAGAUAUUCACUAGUUUCUCUAAUCUUUCUUUGUAGAUAAAAGAAAUGAAACUUCCCAAGAUGUACUAAAGAAAAGACAGUUCUCUACUGCUCACAAAAGAGACGACGGCUCAAAGGCUGUUGUCAUGGGUCGCGGACUUCAGACGGCUAUGGUCCUUUUCCAUGAUCCUACCGUACGCCAAGAUGUCCCACAUGUUCUCAUAGUUGUGAGCUACGCUCCCUCGGCGGAUAACUUCCUGCCUCCCUCGCUGACAAUGAGACAUGAUGGCAUUGAUAUAUUUGGAGUGGGUGUCGGUCAGUAUUUUGGCAAAAUGCAGUUGCUGUUGAUGACCAGUAUUCCAAAGUUCAGGCAUUUGUUUAAGGCGAAGUCGUCUUCACAAUUGAAGUGCCUGGCUGCCAGCGUUGCAGAUAAAGUUAUACGAGGUAGGAAAACCGGUACUGUUAUAUGUACCUUGAGUUCACAAAACAGGUUAUUAAAACUAUUUUAGCACAUGAGUAAUUCAUUCAGAAAGGACUAACUUACAUUUUGAUAUAUAACACUUGAAUUUACAUGCAGUAUUGAGCGAGAUACAACCAAAAUAAAAAUGUUUAUUAUUGAACAAGCAUAACUACAUCGGUCAAAACUGCAUGGAUAUUUUUCGGACAGGCUGCAAACGUACACACCGCCGUAGUUGGAUUCAGAUACAGUCCGACUUCUAAAAACUGGAUAUUUGCUUUUUUAUUGUAUUGUUCUUGUUGGGGUCGGUUGUCAAUUGGGAAAUUCUCCUGUUACCUUCUCCUGUCAUUGUUUCUGUAAAUAUGUAAUUGUCCUUUGUUGUAAUUGUGACAAAUUCAUUAAAUUAAAUUAAAUUAAAUCGGUAAUCAUGAGGUUGUUUUAUGCUAAUUUUUGGAAAUUUCAAAAACAGUUGUUUAACGUUCAAACAUCAAUAGCGCAGUCAAUAUUGGAUGUAAAUUCAAGUGCUAUAUACCAAAAUCUAAGUUUGUCCUUUCUGAAUGCAAUGAUCUUUACUUCAUUGCGAUAGCUUUUAUAGCUUUUACGUUACAUGCAAUCAAACAGUGUCCAAUUUUUUUGGGGGAAACGCGGUAUACUGUAUUCAUAUACAACGAUUUUAUUUCAUGACAAAAACUCUAUUGUGUAAACGAGUUUAAAAUCAAAAGAACCUAUUCUCAGCAGCAUGUUCUGCUGUUUUUUUUGUGUAUUUUCUUCUUUUUUACAUUUUGUUUGUUCAUGUACGGACUUGUUGCCCAGCGGCAUGCAUUGCAUUUAUCUAAAACCACGUGUCCUCAAAUCAGUGUUUACCCUAGGUUUAUAACAGUAAUGGUUAAUUCACCUCUUUUACGUUCAUAAUCUUUCACUUCUAUUUUUUACAGAUAUUCAAUCUCGUCUAUGUCCGAUCUGUGCGCAUCGUAAGUUUAUAUAAAAUUUAUGAAAUGUCAUUGACAUUGCACACAACUCAUAAGCACUUCACUGUAAAACACUCACCAAGCGUCUACAACUGUGACAACAGUGUCGAGGAGUUGAAUCAACUCCGCUUUUGGUGACAGAAUAACACUUUUAAAAUGACACAUUCGUGAUUAAUUGCUUCUCCUUUUGUUAUGCAUUGCUUUAAUUAGUCGCAUGAAAAUAUUCAAUUUCGACAGACAAUUUUGUGACUCAUUUGCUCAAUUGUUCUCUAUAAUGAAUGAAAAACAUGUCAUUCAACACAGAGUGUAUAUCCACACCGGGCGAGCUUGAAAAAUAUGCCCGGCCACAGUGGGAAUCGAACCUACGACCUUUGGAACACUAGCCCAAUGCUCUCCCAACUGAGUUACAUUCAACAGCCAAAAGCCUGAUCUUUAUUAUUAUGAGAAAUUACGUUCAUGGAUUGCAUUUUUUUGGACACCCUGUACUAUGUCCGGUUAGAUAUAAUAGCCCCUUUGUAUGAAGCAGAGCACAACCAUUCGGUCAUCCAGUCAUGAUCCAGUGACCAGUCUUUUCAUUGUUUUGAAAAUUUCGCUGUUCUCCAUGGCAUCCAUUCACUCAUUAUUUUGAUAUAUAUUUGACGUUGGGGUGUAUUCUUUAGUAAAUCUUCCUGUUUGUAUCUAUUUCUUCAGAGCCACAUCAUGCAGCAUGUGCAUCCUGUGUUAACCACGAUGAUAUACCUAACGAAGCCAUAGCUGGUCCAGUUAUCCAUCAACCAUCCGCUCAGCUUUCCCUUCCUAUCCACACUUUUCCUAGCAGAAUCCUCACACCACAACAGAUGUACCCAAUGUUUCCCAAGGCAGUGUUAAUGCCCAGGCCGGGAAUAAUGUUAGGACCAGGAACCAUGCCAAGACCAGGAAUCAUGCCCAGGUAUUAUUUUACCCACUGAUCGGAUAACUAGAAAUGGAUGGGUAUCCGCUAUGGUCGCCAUAUUGUAGUCGCCACCAACAAUCUAUUGUGGUCGUUCUGACACGUUCGUCGUUGGAAGAGGUUCUUAAUUUAAGACCAAUUUACACCACAACUUUUGCCUAAAACUGUCGCAUGCAACCUGCCUACAACUGAAGACUGUCUAAAUCAAGCACACAACUCGCCUAUAACAACAUAGGCGAGUUGUAUGCUUGAUGUAAUAUAUGAACAACGAGAACGAGUGUUUCACCGGGAUAUCUAAACACGAGAAAACAAUGUAUGAUCACUCGUUGAAAAUUAGGCUCUGGGUUAGACGACUAAAGUCACUAAAGGGAGAGAUAUGAUUGGCUUCUCCUGCUAUUUCGCAGAAGUUGAGCAGUUUUCGGUAGGCAAAGGUAGUCUAUCAAAAUAUGUCAACACAAACACUUCGUUUGUAAUUCAUAAUACUUCUCUGAAAAUUGUCACGGGCGCUAAAGAGUCCAAAUUCAAGCGUAUGUGCUUUAGCAACUACUGCAAAUUUUUUUGCACUUCCGGUUCCGUGUACUCCUUUAUCUGGUUCUCUUCAAUCCAGGGCUGAGAAAGAUCUUGAUAUGAAAGAUAUUUUUACGACCGUUAUAUGAAAACCAUGCAGGCUUUAACUUUGGUUUCAAUUCAUUCAGGCUUGGAGGAGUUUUACAACAAAAUAUUUAUCCACUGAUGAGGCCGCCUGUGUCGGAUCAACCAUUCCAGAUAGCGUCAAGUCCAGUUAUGGAUGUAGGCUUCCUAAACCACAUCCCGAUUCAACAUGGACCUCCUCUAUCUGGUUCUCUUCGAUCCAGGAUUAAUGGUAU